UAUGCAUUUCACUCGCGCCAACUCAUCCUGCGCUGCCUCACUCAAUUGAACCUACGAAAGCGCCUUUUCAACGCGGCGAGCAACGAGGAGUAAUGCACGAGCAGUCUAUGACAUACAGGAGGUCAUAGGCUCGCUCCAUGUGACAUAUCUUGCCUGAACCAGGACUGCAGAUCUCCAGGCUGGCCUUCAUUAUAGGGCAUAUCCGUGCAAGAACACUUGACUCGUGCCACAUCUCGGCUUCAUCAGUUGGAAAUAGGUAGCUUCUUCAACUCUCCGUCCCUCAGAUAUAAGCCUUGGAUGCCAGUGGCCAGUAUCGACGGACCCCCAGCUCAUCAUGUCCACCGAGUGGCCGAUCAUCGUGCAAGAUAUCCCUGGCAAGGGUAAGGGCGUCAUAGCCGCCCGAGCAAUCGUUCCUGGCGAACUCGUCCUACUCGAGGCCCCUCUGUUCACUCUGCCAUCCGACUACGAUAACUCUGCUGUACUGGCAAAGUUGGCUGCCCUGACGGAGAGUGAACAGAGGCAAUUCCUCUCUCUCACCAACUGCCACCAGGGUCGUCUCCCGCCGCCCCUCGGUACAUGCAAGACCAACGCAUUGCCAUGCGGCGACCAGAGUUCGAGUUAUGGAGACCGCGCCGAACGAGUUGGUAUAUUCUUGAUGGGCUCCAGGUUCAACUCGUCAUGCGUUCAGAACGUCAACAACUUCUGGGAUGACGCAUUGCAGAAGAUCAGUUUUCGCGCCCUUAAGAACAUCGCUGCUGAAGAAGAGUUGUGUAUCUGCUAUACCGAACUCUUUGCGACGCGCGAAAACAGACAAUACAAGUCGAAGCUCGGCUUUGGCUUUGAGUGUGUAUGUCCGGCGUGCACUCUUCCACCCAAGGAGCAAAAGGCCAGCGACGCGCGGCGCACGACCGUAGGAAGGCUCUACGGCGAGAUCAGUCAGUGCGGGAAUCAACCGUCUCUGGGAUUACGAAAGGUAAAGCUGGUCAUCCAGCUGCUCAAGGAAGAGGGCAUACUGGAGUGCACGGGGGCCAUUUACUACUAUGACGGCUUUCAAUUCUGCGUCAGCUGUUCGGACAAACGGAAUGCGAAGCAAUGGGUCAGAAAGGCAUUGGAAGCAGAGACGCUAGGGAGAGGCCCUGACACGUCGGGUGCGAAGAUGUAUAGGCGGUACAUGGAGAAUCCGAGCCAACACAUGGCUUUCGGGCUCCUUAGAAAGCAGAACCUGGCUGGGCCGGACAAUUAACGUCCAGAUCCGCAGGCUUGCGCUAGGCUGCAUCGUCGCAAGGAACGGCCGCGCGAUCGAGAUAGUUUCGCUCCAUUGUUUCUAUCGUGUAAUACCACACUGUACCAUUUACCAUUCGCGCAAC